CCCCGGCCUUAGAUCCAGGCGCGGGUUUUGAAGAAAAACUGUCGCGAAGGAGUCAUGGUGCCACCGCGACCGUCUGCAGCCGCCGAAGAGCGGCAGAGAAAGCUCCAGGAGUACCUAGCAGCCAAGGGAAAGCUGAAGUGCCAAAACACCAAGCCUUACCUAAAAGCCAAGAGUAAUUGUCCGAAUCCUCCACCUUCUAAAUCUACUAUUCUACCCAAAAAGAAUAUUACCAGUAAUGUUGCUUUGCCUGUCAAAGCUAGAAGACCUGUCAGCACUGAACUCCAGCCCAGACCUGCCAAUAUCACAGAAUCCCAGAAGCCAAAGUUGGAGCCACCAAAACUACUGGGCAGAAGGCUGACUUCAGGAUGUGUUUCUUCGAACUCAAACUGUAAGCCUUCCAACAAUAGUCAACAACAGCAUGAAGCUGGAUCAUCCACCACUGGAGAACUGUCUAGAAAAACCAUGGGGACACUUACUAUACAUGAACUGAAAACUGCAAAGCAGCUGGUAGCCAAUCAAGGAAAUGCUAAGUGUACAGAUUCUGUGGACCCUAACCAUGUUGAAAAUGAAUCCUUAGACUGCUUUCUAAAAGAGAUAAACAAAGAGAACUUGCCCCAAACCUCACCAGACUCUGAAAGGAAGCCAAAUCCUGAAUUAUGGACAAUAGGUAAGCCAAAGACUAACUCUUAUAAUCAAACCAAGAGCAGUUUGGCUCCUAAACCAGGCUUGGGCAAAAGUUCAGGGAAUGGUGCUAUUCUGAAAGACCGAGUUAAUAAACAGUUUGUUAGAAAAACACAAAUUAGAAUUCCACCAGUAAAGUCACAGCAACUCUCUAGAGGAACAAAUCUUGCAAGACCAGGAGAAAAACUGAAGACAGCUCCCUAUCACUAUGUUCAGACCCUUAGUAGGACUCGAGCCUCAAAGAAACCAGUGGUCAAGGACAUAAAGGAUAUAAAGGUUAAUAGGGAUAAAUCUGACAGACCAAAUGAAACUAAGGUACAGUCACACACUGUUACUGAACAGAAAGGAAAACACACCAAACCCCAGACAUGCCCCAGGGUGCUUCCGGGAAGCUGUAACAACAGACAUCCAAACAUUAAACAAGGUCAGAAAUCCACUCAACCUGGUUUUAGACUUCGGACAUCAUGUGCCCUGCAAAACUCAAAAGCCACAAGCCAAAGGCCUAAUUUGACAGUUGGCAGUUUUAAUUCUGUCGUUCAAAGCACCCCUAACAUAAGAGCAAAUGGAGCCAAUGGGAAUAAAUACAGCAACAGCUGUCAACAGAAAGCACAGACUUUGGACUCCAAGUUGAAAAAGACUCUUCCCCAGAACGAUUUUCUUAAUAAGACAGCUCCUAAAACUCAAGCUGGUAACAAAACCAUACAUGGAGGAAGAGUUCCAAAUGGAACCCAAACUAACCCAAAUAUUAAGAAGAAGAUCACAGCAGAGGAUCGAAGGAAACAGCUGGAAGAAUGGCAGAAAUCUAAGGGGAAAAUCUAUAAACGGCCUCCUAUGGAACUUAAAACAAAAAGAAAAGUAAUAGAGGAAAUGAAUAUUUCAUUCUGGAAGAGUAUGGAAAAAGAAGAUGAAGAAAAGAAAGGACAACUUGAACUGUCCAAUAAAAUUAACAACACUCUAACAGACUGUCUGCAGUUCAUUGAAAGGGGUGUACUUUCUAAUGAAAUAUUUACCAUAUUGUCCAGUAUUCCUGAGGCCGAAAAAUUUGCUAAAUUCUGGAUCUGCAAAGCAAAGUUUUUGGCAAGCAAAGGGACCUUUGAUGUUAUUGGGCUGUACGAAGAGGCCAUUAGAAACGGGGCAACACCGAUACAAGAGUUACGAGAAGUUGUUCUUAAUAUUUUGCAAGAUACAAACAGAACCACAGAAGACACAGGCGUUCCCUCUGACUCUUCAGUUGCCGAAACGAAUAUAACAUCAGUAGAAGAGCCGGCCAAUAAAACAGACUCUGAAAAGCCUUGUCUUUCUGUAGAAGAGAGAGAACAGGUUACAGCAACACCCCAAAUAACCAAGACAGAACAGGAUGACCAUCCUGGUAUCAAAUUACAGGUGGCCCCCAUCCCUAGAAUGAGCGGAAUGGCGGAAGUGCAGGACAUGAAGCUGGUCACUCCCGUGCGGCGCUCGGCGAGGAUUGAGCGGGCCGUGUCCCGCUACCCGGAAAUGCUGCAGGAACACGACUUGGUGGUGGCUUCUCUUAAGGAGCUGUUAGAAGUGGAAGAAACAGAUUGUUUUAUAUUCCGUAAAAACGAGGCUUUGCCUAUCACGUUAGGGUUUAAAAGCCUCGAGUCGUAAUUUCUUAAUGCCUUGGAAAAAAUGUUUCAGAGGCUCCAUGAAACAAGAAAUAACCUGCAUCCGGGUGACCUGGAAAAAAACUAUAUAACAAACAGGCAGAUUAUGGGCUCUCAGGAUUUAGUAAUUUGCUGGCUUACUCUCAAAUUUAAUAUCCCCAUGGGACUCUUUGGUUGAUUGGUGUAAGACUGUGUGCCACAGUUGUCUAACAUAAACUUUAAACUAUUGAAUAUUAA